AUGUCUGAAAUGCAGCAUGGAAUGGAUUCAUCUGGAGUGACAAACUUUCCUGAGUUAGAGUUCACUUCUAACAUUUUGACUGAAACCGAUUCCACGUUUGGUGAACGACAUACCUCGACAACAUGGGAAUGCGGACUACUUCUUCUGGUUGUAGACUGGUACAGUGGAGGUAAAUCUGCGGGAUCACCGUGUUUGGCACAAUGGACAGUCGCAAAUCGGAUUGCAGUUGCAAGUGUCUUCUAUAGUUGGGCAACAUUUCUUAAUAAUGAGAAUGUGCUCUACGAACUGGAACCUUCAAGGGUUCUGGCUAAUGGUGGGGCAUAUAGUAAAGGCCAGCUGGUUGCUCUUUGGCGCAAGAUCACAAAGACUGACUUUCGGAACUAUGCCAUCGCUGCAUUAUAUCGAAAGAUUUUACCACUGAAAGACAAACUGGAGGCUGAGUUUAAAGUUAAAAUAUGUUAUUUGAAGCAUGAAAUUCUGCCAGGAUGUCUGAGCGAAGAUAACACCUCACACAAGAAUGAUGGAACCUUGGGACAAUACAACGUGAAAUUUUCAACAUCAAUUAACAAUGGCCCUACUGCUGAGCGACUUUGGCAAACUUUAGAUGAGAAGAGGAAAGAGAGGGAGAGACUAUAUGAUUUAGUCCUACAACAAACGAAACACGCUAUGGAACAAACAUUCACAUCACACCCACGUUCCUUAUACCCUACUUUCCGAGGCGGAACCAAACGCGAUCAAGGAAGUAGCAGAAUAGAAAGGGGACGCAUACGCAAGCCCUGA